ACGGACCGGACCGGCACCGUAGCGACCCGCUCCGCCGCCAUGGCCCCCGGCUCGCCCGCCGCCGUGCCGUGCCUACUAACAGCGCUCCUGGACGGAGGGUCCUGCCGAAGCACUGAGGAUAAGUGACUUGUCCAAGGUGACUUCGCAGCCGAGUCCGAGAGCGGACUCUGAAGUCCCCGGCUCCGGCCCCUGCCCUGCCCGCCCCAGCCGCUAACAUCGCCGGCGCUUUCUUCCGGGAGCACUGCGGCUGCACCCACUUUGCUCUGCUCCGCUCUGCUGCUCCGCGAGUAGGGACCGCUGCUACCUGCCUGCUCACGCCAGCCGGGGGAAUAGCCGUAGGGAAGCAAUGCACUGCUUCAGCCCAGCCGCCAGCACGCCCGCCGACAGGUUUGCACAUCUUUGCCAUCGCCUUGGCCUUGGAGGUGUCGGUGGGGAAGACCAACACUGUGAUGGCUCUGAAUAACUCUGAUGUUCUGCUGCCCUGUACCUUCACCACCUGCAUAGGCUUUCAGGACCUCCAGUUCACAUGGACUUUCAACUCAACAGAGAUGAUUUACCAUGGCAGAAUAAAGAGCAAAUCUUCAGAGCCCUUCCUUGUGGGGCGCAACCCACGCGUCGAAUUCGUCGGCUCAACGACUGGGAAGGACAACAACAUCUCCAUUGUCCUGAGGAGUGUGGAGUUCAGUGAUGCUGGGAAAUACACCUGCCACGUCAAGAACCCCAAGGAGAGGAACGCGCAGCACAAUGCCACCAUCAUCCUCACGGUGGUCCACAAAAGUUGGGGGCCAGCAGCUGGUGGAGGGUCUCUCUGCAUUCCUGGGCCCCUCAGCAGCUUCUCUCCUGCAGUGGUGGAGACAGACAACACUGUGACACUCAUCAUCGUGGGUGUUGUGGGGGGGCUCAUCGGCCUCCUCAUCCUCUUCAUGCUCAUCAAGAGGGUAGUCCUGUUUAUCAUCAAGAAGAUCCAGGAUGGAAAGAAGGAAUGUCUCGUGAGCUCGUCAGGCAACGACAACACCGAGAAUGGCUUGGCCGGCUCCAAGGCAGAAGAAAAAGCACCCUCGAAGGCAUGAAACAGCAUCCCCAGAGCCCCAGCCCGCCCGAGUGGGAGGGUGGGCAGGGGACGAGUCUUCCCCUUUUGUUUUCUUUCCAAACUGCCAACGCUUGAGACAUGUUUCUAUAUUACACACGUGCCUGCAACCUGCACUGCUUCUCGGAAAGGACUUCGGCUGCCAGGAGGACUGGGAGCUGCUUGUGCAUUCAGACUGGGAUGCUACCGGGACAAGGAGAGCCACCUGCUCCACUCUGAGCAAAGGCAAGAGGGUGCCGGGCAGGCAGGGAAGCUGGGGAGCUGCUCUGGGGGCGGGGGGCAGCCGGGGGUCCUGGCAUCCUUGGGGGGCAGAUGGUGUCUUGUCUGCCUGUGGUGAUGCUGAGCUGGGGCAGGCAGGAGCUGCCUGCUCGGGACGGAGGGUUUCUGGAGCAGAGCAGGGAUGCAGAUGUUGGGGUGGAGGCUCCUGUCUUCCCUGCUUCCUCAGGGCUCCGGGGCAGGAGGAAGGAGAGAGGCAGGGCUGCUGCUUGGAGGGGCUUGGCUUCAGCUCUCCUGCUAAGCACACUUGAGAACUAAACCAGUGAACAGCCCGUUGCUGCUGGGGCUGUCAUUUCAUCCCAGCAGAGCUGGGUGCUGUGCUCCCAUGGGGCAGGCUGGCCCUGAGGAGCCACAGCUCCUCCCGUGGCAGGGCUGGGGGCUCCAGUGGCCAGGAGCAGGUGCUGGCCGUGGUGGGACACGGCAGCGUGGAGCUCCACAUUUCACACUCGCUUUGCCCCUGCAUCUCCUGUUAGCCUUUUGGGGAGACAUUCCCAGGGUUUGUGCUGCUGCUCUUGCUCGCCCUCUCCUCUUUUCCCAGCUCAGCACUCAGAGCAGCAAUGCUUUCAGGGCUGGCUCGACAAGGCUGAACUUGUUACACGGAUGGUUUUAUAUUGGGCUCCCGUGGGAGAACAGCUGAGCACCUCUCCCUUCACCCACAGCAAAACGUGGCACCCCAUCCCCAAAGCAGGGAGGGGGGAGCAUGGCCAAGCUCUGGGGAAGGGAGCUGGGCUGGGGUUGUCCCAGAUGGUCCCAGGCCUGCCACCGUCCCGCUGGGUGACCUUGGGCAAGUCGCUCUGCCCCUCCAUGCCUCAGUUUCCCCAUCUGUAAAAUGGGGAUAAUAAUACUGCUCUACCUCACAGGGGUUGUUGUGAGGCUUCCUUGGCUAACGUUUGUGAAGCACUUUCAGGUCUUUGGAUGAGGGGUGCCACAGAAAGCCACAGGGUCUUUGCAGCAGGGGGGAACCCAGCCCCUUCCCAAGGGCUGUAGCAGGAUGUGGGAUGUGAAGGGAAUGAGCUAUGACUGAGAUUGGCAGUGUCCUUCACAGUGUGAUUUGUUCUCUCUUUCUCCUUCAUUUUUGGGGACUGCCAGGGAAGCUGCAGGAUGUGCAGCUCCCCCAUCCCCACUGGAAAUUGGGAAUCAAAGCUGAGCAGUGAUGUCCCUGGCUGCGGGGGGGCUUGCACCCUGACGGAGCUGAAUGUAGGUGGGGAUUUGGUGGGAAGGCAGAGGAGGAAAGGUUUGGUUCUACCUUUCUUGGUAGAGUGGGAGAGGUCAGAUCCCACCUGCCUGUUUGUGGGGCUGGUAGUACAGGAGCACCUUGGAGCUUCCCUUUGGGUUUGGGGGCACCCGCUGGAGCGUGGUCAGGUGUUUGGGACAGGAGACAAGCACAGGCACGCACCCCUGGCAGGUUUCUGUGGAUACUGGGGAGAUGGGCAAGUGGGAGUCGGGUCCUCAGGAUCCCAGUCCCCUCUCCUGGGGGCAGCAAAUCUGACCUCUUUCACAGGAGGUGUGAGGCUGCCUGCACCCAGUUUUGAAGUGCUCCUGGGGUGAAAGGCACUCUGGAAAUGCAAAGUAUUGUUAACAUCCCAUUGUCAUACAUGAAAGUCUGGGCAGGGAGGUGUGAAACCUCCCCAUAGACCCAAGACCCCCCACCCAGCCCAUCCUUGGAGGAGAUCUCCCAUGGGAGAGGACAGUGAGGGGAGGAAGGGAUAUUUUUUAAAAACUAUUUUUAGCUAUCCUAAGCAGUUGGCCUUUUUUAGACGGUAUCUGGACCCCGUUCCACUUACCACAGGAUAUGCAAUGCUCUACUAUGCAUGGAUUACUCCUCUGGCUUACUGGGAAGAGUCACCAUGACCAGCUCUGAGCUGUGACUCCAUACAUCCGUGUCCGGGAGCCGCACGCAGCGCGGGGGGAGCGGGAUGGUUGGGGACCCUGUGCCGGCUCCUGGGGGGUCCCCCAUGGUCACGGGGGCUUCGGGGGGUUCCUGGGACAUGCAGGGAGAAGGCUGUGAUGCAGGUGUGUGCUGCGACAGACACGUAUGUGUGUAAGCAUCUGUAAAUACAUGUAGGAGAUACCUGCGAACAAGCACAGGGUGCGGGUGACAUUCUGUGUGAUGACUGACAGCACAUUUUUGCACUGUAGAGGUUUAGUUAGCUUUGCCUUGAAUGAAAUAAACUUUAUGUUUACUA